UUGUCAACUGGCUUGCAAACAUUUCUGAAAUUUUAACAAUCAGCUCUUGCGAGUUGGCACAAACUGCCUCCAGCCUGUCACUUGCUAAGGGACCUACCACAGAGGGUCUUCUGGGCCCAGACCUGGACCAUGACAGAAGACUACAUUUCCCAGAAGCCUCCUUUCCCAGAACCACCCUCCACUUGGAAAGCUGUUACCAUGGAGAUGGGCUAACAGAUGACACUGGCUGUCCUCAGAGGGGUGAGAAGGGAGCAGAGGAGCUGAGGUAGCUGGUGGCAGGAGAAGAUACUGUUGAAUAAGGAAAAUAAAUAAAGCAGCAUUGACAACCAGAGACGUGCCAGGAUGGAAGUCCUGAAGGAGAAAGUGGAGGAGGAGGAGGAGGCCGAGCGGGAAGAGGCAGCCGAGAGGGGCAAGAAGAUGAUGAGGCCUGUGGAGAUGCGGAGGGAGGAACUGCCCAUGACGCAGGAGAUGCUCAGAGACCUGGAGAAGAAGCUGUCAGAGAUUGAGAUCAUCAUCCCGGAGCCCCCUUCGAUCAUUACCAAGGACACUAUCGACAUCUCCAAGCUCCCCCUCUCCUACCAAAGCAACACGCUCAAGGAGGAACACUUGCUGGAGGUAGCAGACAACUUCGCCCGUCAGUACAGCCACCUGUGCCCGGACCGCGUGCCCCUCUUCCUGCACCCGCUGAACGAGUGCGAAGUGCCGAAGUUUGUCAGCACAACUAUCCGGCCCACGCUGAUGCCCUACCCCGAGCUCUACAACUGGGACAGCUGUGCCCAGUUUGUCUCAGACUUCCUCUCCAUGGUGCCCCUGCCUGACCCCCUCCAGCCGCCCUCGCACCUGUACUCCUCCACCACGGUGCUCAAGCACCAGAAGGGGAACUGCUUCGACUUCAGCACGCUGCUCUGCUCCAUGCUCAUCGGCGCCGGCUACGACGCCUACUGCGUCAACGGCUACGGCUCGCAGGACCUGUGCCACAUGGACCUGAUGCGGGAUGUGUGCCCGCUCACCGUGAAGCACAAGGAGGUGGUCAAGGAGGAAGAAAAGGCACCACCUAAGAAGUACGCCAUUAAACCGCCCAGAGACCUGAGCAGCAGGUUCGAGCAGGAGCAGGAGACGAAGAAGCAGGAGGAGCUCAAAGGGGAAGAGGAGAGGCAGAGGAAGGAGGAGGAACAGCGCCUCCUGGAGGUAGAGAAAGCAAAGACUGACCCCCUGCAUGGCCUACGGGUCCACUCCUGGGUCUUGGUGCUGUCGGGGAAGCGUGAGGUGCCUGAGAACUUUUACAUUGACCCAUUCACGGCACGCAGCUACAGCACCCAGGAUGACCACUUCCUGGGCAUCGAGAGCCUCUGGAACCAUAAGAACUAUUGGGUCAACAUGCAGGACUGUUGGAACGGUUGCAAGGACUUGGUCUUUGACCUGGGAGACCCCGUGCGGUGGGAGUACCUGCUCUUGGGGACUGAUAAGGCUCCCCUGUCUGUGGCCGAGGAAGAGGACGACACGAUGAAUGAUGAUGAUGUGGAGAACCUGGGCAAGGAGGAUGACGAUAAGAGUUUCGACAUGCCUUCCUCCUGGGUGGAGCAGAUUGAGAUCUCCCCGGAAGCGUUUGAGACCCGCUGCCCAAAUGGGAAGAAGGUGAUCCAGUACAAGAGGGCGAAGCUGGAGAAGUGGGCCCCGUAUCUCAACAGCAAUGGCCUCGUGUGCCGCCUCACCGCCUACGAGGACUUGGAGUGUACCAUGACUUUGGAGAUAAAGGAGUGGUUCCAGAACCGGGAGGACACGCUACAGCUAAGACACAUCAACAAGAGCACAGGCCUGAUUAUCGACUACUUCAAGCCAGGCCAUCCCCAGGCUCUGCGUGUGCACGCGUACAAGUCCAUGCAACCCGAGAUGGACCGCGUCAUGGAGUUUUACGAAACAGCCCGUGUGGACGGCCUGAUAAAGCGGGAGGAGACGCCCAAGACAAUGACGGAGUACUACCGGGGACGGUCCGACUUCCUCUCCUACCGCCACGUGGAUUUCGGGGACAGGGUCAAGAAGUUGGCUUUGAACAGCGCGGAGUCAAACCCCCGGCCGAUGGUGAAAAUCACAGAGCGGUUCUCCCGCAACCCUGAGAAGCCUGCGGAUGAGGACGUGGCGGAGCGCGUGUUCCUGAUCCCGGAGGAGCGCACCCAGCUGCGCUACCACUGCCGGGACGACCACAUCACGGCCUCCAAGCGCGAAUUCCUGCGGCGCACGGAGGUGGACAGCAAGGGCAACAAGAUCAUCAUGACACCCGACAUGUGUAUCAACUUCGAGGUGGAGCCCAUGGAGCACACCAAGAAGCUUCUCUCCCAGUACGAGGCCAUGAUGAAGCUGAAGAACGAGGAGAAGUUGUCCAGACAUCAGGCCUGGGAGUCGGAGCUGGAGGUGCUGGAGAUCCUGAAGCUUCGAGAGGAGGAGGAGGGGGCUCACACCCUGACCAUCUCCAUCUAUGACACCAAGCGCAACGAGAAGAGCAAAGAGUAUCGGGAGGCCAUGGAGCACGUGAUGCACGAGGAGCACCUGCGGCAGGUGGAGGCCCAGCUGGACUACCUGGCCCCGUUCCUGGCCCAGCUCCCCCCGGGCGAGAAGCUGACACACUGGCAGGCCAUGAAGGUCAAGGACGAGUGCCUCAGCGACUUCAAGCAGAGGCUCAUCGACAAGGCCAACCUCAUCCAGGCCCGUUUCGAGAAGGAGACCCAGGAGCUGCAGAAGCAGCAGCAGUGGUACCAGGAGAACCAGGUGACCUUGACGGCCGAGGACAAGGCCUGGUACCUGAGUUACUACUCUCAGGCAGUGUUCCGCAUGCGCAUCCUGGAGCAGCGGCUUAACCGCCACAGGGAGCUGGCCCCGCUCAAGUACCUGGCCCUGGAGGAAAAGCUCCACAAGGACCCACGCCUGGUGGAGUUCCUUGAAGUCUUCGUUUGACACCCGGCAUGGGGCCUCGGCCAAAGCUGCCAGAGCAAGAAACUGCCCCCACAGGCUGGCCCCUGUGCUCCCUACAGCCAGCACAGGACUGUCCCCUGGGGCGCCUGACCUCACUGCCACACCACCUCCCUGCAGCCCCAUCUGCUCCUGCUUCUCAGGACUUUCCUGUAAAUAAACACACUUUUCUUUC